AUGCCAACACUAGCCGUCUGCGGCGAGUGUAAUUCUGUCGACGUCAGAACAUUUUGCGCCGACAAGUCACAGAAAUGUCUGUACAGCCUGCCCUCCGGCACUUCAGUCGACAUCAGCCACAAUGCGCCGGCCACCGAGCGAUUUCGGACGGCCUCAUCGCCAGGAAUCCAUCACCACUUCAACUCCACCCUUCAGACUUACAUCUCCGUGUUCGACGUGCUCUGGGUCAUGAAGACAAGAAAAGAAACGAAAACAAUGGGCCAGGAAUGCGCACUCUGGUUCUGUAUGAUGAGUUACAAUAUCACAGUCACCGAAGGGCGAUCCAAUCAAACAGUAAUCAAAAUCUGGAACACGACACAAUUCGAGGCUAGCAAUAGUGCACAUGAUGACGAGUAUGUCUUUGUCGAUAUACCAGUCGACAUGAACGCCACGAGUACGUCCAGAUACAGCACCUCGAGAGUGGCUCUGGCGGCGUUGCGGAGAUUUAUAGCCCCGCUGAUUGAAGGAACGUACGAGAAGCAGUACACUAUUAUCAACUUCUCGUCGGACUGGGCUGAAGGCAUGUACAAUGCACGAUUCAAUCUUCCAUCGUGGAUCAACCGAUUCGGCACCAGCCUAACGAAUGAGGUGAGACUUCAUGGGCAAGUUCGGGACAAAGAACGCCAUCAAUACAGCGGACAAGCCUACAAGAUUGCGCAAAUGAUCAUCGUGGAGUGGAAAUGGCUGCUAUUUCCUACAGGCCUGAUCAUCAUCAGCAUCUACUACCUUUUCCACACCAUCAUCAGGGGUGCUCGCGACGGCAUAUCGGUGUGGAAGAGCGAUUCGCUGCCGAUGCUAUUCUGCCGCAUUGACGCGUCAAUUCUAGCGAGGGUUGGCGAUGGCAUGGAUGUGCCCAACGGACUAGACAAUGCUGUCGGCGAAGUGAAGGUGUGCUUGUUGAGGGAAGAAGACGGCGAUUGGGUCUUCAAGCCGAUUGAGAGCGAAGAAUCUUCGUCCGAAUCCGAUGCUAACUGA